AUGGCGGAGAGGUUGAUCGCGCACGACAAUCGCAACCGACGAGAAGCGAGCGAUGAGCCGUUGAUGCGGAAGAUUCGUCCCGCACAGUUGACGAAACGACGUGAAAUCGCUGUUGACAGGUUGAUGUUACUCGACGAGGAGCCGGAAAAAAACAAUCCGAGAAGCCAUCAAAUAAGGAAAGGAGGAGGAAAAGGAAGAGGAGGAGAGGGAGCUCUAUCGAAGGUUUUCCCAGUUACACAUCGAAUACACAGAUCAAGAAUCAGUAGAUCAGUGAUCAGUCCUGUUUUUGGAUUAAUCCUGUCCUUAAUACGUGAUAAAAUAUUAAUUGAUUUCCACUCAGAAGAAGAGAGAUUACUAUAG